GCCGCCUUCCCAGCGGCUGCUCGGCCGCUCCGCCCCGGGGGUGGUGGUGGCGGCGUCCCCGUCUCCCCCCCUCCCCGCCCCGGACGGGCCGCGGCUCACUCGUCGCCCGUGGAGGGGGGGAAGUCGGGAGGGACCAUGAGCGCCCUCCGGGACGUCUCCUUGCAGGACCCGCGCCUCCGCUACGAGCUGCUCCAGCGCAUCGGCUCCGGCACCUAUGGCGACGUUUACAAGGCCCGUGACACGGAGAGUGGGGAGUUGGCCGCCAUUAAGAUUGUGAAAAUUGAUCCAGGGGAUGACAUUGGAGCCAUCCAGCAAGAGAUCACCACCCUCAGGGACUGUCGCCACCCCAACGUGGUGGCAUAUUUCGGCAGCUACCUCAGGAAGGACCGGCUGUGGAUUUGCAUGGAAUAUUGUGGAGGAGGUUCUCUGCAGGAGAUCUACAAUGCCACCGGCCCCCUCUCGGAGAAACAGAUUGCCUACGUUUGCCGGGAGACUCUCCAGGGGCUACACUUUCUCCAUUCACACUCACAUACCCAGCUGAGAGGGUGGUGCUUGUUGGUUCUUCUCAUAUCAUGUUCUCCCUUCCUGCCCACAGCGGAUUUCGGGGUCUCGGCAGAGCUGACGGCCUCGGUGGCCAAGAGGAAAUCCUUUAUUGGAACACCUUAUUGGAUGGCUCCGGAGGUGGCCGCCGUAGAGAAGAAGGGCGGCUACAAUCAUCUGUGUGACAUCUGGGCCCUUGGCAUUACGGCCAUAGAGCUGGCGGAACUACAGCCGCCUCUCUUUGACUUGCACCCAAUGAGGGCCUUGAUGCUGAUGUCGAAAAGCAGUUUCCAGCCCCCCAAGCUGAAAGAGAAGAUGUGCUGGUCCGCCGAUUUCCACCAUUUCGUCAAACUCUGCUUGACCAAAAACCCCAAGAAACGUCCAGUGGCAGAGAAGCUGCUGCAGCAUCCUUUUGUUUACCAGCCACUGGCCCGCACCUUAGUCAUUGAACUGCUGGAAAAAGCCACUAAUCCUGACCUAGCUACGGCUGCCUUGGACGAUGGGGAUUUUGAGGCCUAUGAAGUUUUCCCUGAUAAAAUCCAUUCGCGGAGGCAACCUGGGCCAACGGAAGGGACCCUUGCAGAGAUCCAGUUUAAUAAGGUUAAAUUUGGGCCCCCUCUCAGGAAAGAAACAGAGCCAUGGUGCAGUCCGGAGGAGGAGGAAGAGGAGAACUGGAUGCUUUUAAAAGAUGGAGAGAGCCUUCUCCAAUCUGUGGAAGAAGCCCUAGAAGAGAGGAGCCUCACGAUUCGUCCUGCACACCCCACCAAACAGGCCGAUGGAGAGCCGCAGCUGAGCAGUGGUGAUGAGGAUGCCAUGAGCACCAUCAAGAAAGGGCCCUUCUGGGAUUUUCUCAACCUGGAGCUGGCAUAUAAGGCCCCCUGGGAGCACGAGGAGGGCCUUGAAUUCUCAGAUCUGGAACAUCCUAGAAGCCAAACUUUGCCGGGCAGCGCAGGCGUGAACGAUACCUCAGCUACCUCAGGGACCGGCUUCCCCAAACCGGCAGACUCUCUCCUCUCCACCGAGUGGGCCACCAUGAAAAAGAAAGAGGAGGCCACCAGGCUGCUGUGUCACGGGUUGCCCCCCACCCCGAAAGUCCAUAUGGGCGCCUGUUUCUCCAAGAUCUUCAACGGCUGUCCGUUGAAGAUAAAUUCAGCCACGACGUGGAUCCACCCGGAGACGCGGGAUCUGUACUUGGUGGUGGGUGCAGAGGAAGGGAUAUACACGCUCAAUCUCCACGAGUUACACGAGGAUACGAUGGAGAAGCUCCUUCCACACAGAUGCUCCUGGCUCUACUGUAUGAAUAAUGUGCUACUGACCUUAGCUGGGAAGUCUUCCCAGAUCUCCUCCCACAACCUUCCGGGGCUCUUUGAGCAGCGGCACCAGCUGCAGAAGCGGCAAGUCCCCCUUUCCAUAGCCACCAACAGACUGACAGAGAGGAUCAUCCCCAGGAAGUUUACAUUGUCAGCCAAGAUUGCAGACACCAAAGGAUGCUUGAAGUGUCGUGUAGUCCGAAACCCGUAUUCGGGGAGCACCUUUCUGUGCGCGGCUCUGCCCUCCAGCCUGGCCCUCCUGCAGUGGUACGAGCCGUUGCAGAAGUUCAUGCUGCUGAAGCACAUCUCCGUGACGCUGCCAGACCCUCUGACCUUGUUUGAGCUACUGGUGGUGGAGAUGGAGGAAUACCCCCAGGUGUGCUUGGGGGUCACCGGCAGUGACCAGCCAGGAACGGAGCUGCAUUUCAAUACCUUAUCCCUCAGCACUGGCCUCAGUACUUCUAGCCCUUCGGGCCGUCCGCUGGUGAUGGCCAGCCACGUCACCCAGAUGGAUCGUGAUACUGUCCUGGUGUGUUUUGAACGCUGUGUGAGGGUUGUGAACCUUUGUGGCACGCCCCAGGGAGCCCUUGCUCCUGAACUCACCUUCAGCUUCCCUAUCGAGACCAUUGUGUGCCUUCAAGACAGCGUUCUCGCCUUCUGGAAACAUGGUAUGCAAGGCCGAAGCCUGGAAUUCAAUGAGAUGACACAGGAGGUCACAGAUGAGUCCAGAGUUUUCCGGGUCUUAGGAGCUCACAGAGACAUCAUUCUCGAGAGCACCCCCACGGGCAACCCCACAGCACAGAGCAACCUCUACAUUCUGACGGGUCACGAGAGCAGCUACUAAGGCCUUUCUCUCCAUGCCGUGCGCCUUCUGGAGGUGCCCAGCCUGGCGGUUGCUUGGCUGCCAUCCGCGCCAGCUAACAGAUGAGCAGAAACACCCACUGGAAUGGGAGCAUCCAGGUGGUGUGGGUUUGUAGCGGCAGUGUGCAUACGAACCGGAAGGACGACAUUUUGGCUCCAGAAGCCAUCUUCAUUCACUGUUCCGUCUUCCUGAGAUUUUGCUGAUGCCAGAAUGGGUGCGGGGACUCUUCCCUUCUCCCAGUUUGGACCAACAUCUCCUGAGAUUAUAUUUUUUGCAAUAAUUUAACCACUAGCUGGUUGGAAGACUGGGCUGUCUUCCCUGCCUGAUGCCUUAUGCCUGCUUGAAUGCAUCCCCCGUUCCCUUGCGUCUACUACUUCCUCCUCCUUUUUAUUUAACUCCUAAGAAAUCACCCGUCAGGCGAGGCUGCAAGGGCCCAACGGCCCAACUGACAGAGCUGCCUGCGUGAAGACAAUCAUUGGCCACACACAUGCAAGUGGGUGCUGCUUCUUUCUCACUUGAGCUUUAAUUUUAAAAAGUUUUUUCAGGCACUUUAGUCUUUAAAACUUAUUUCAGGGCAUAACCCCCUUGAAAGGUUGGCGGGGGCGGGGGGCGCAACAGGGACAGAGUUUUAUCUUGAGACUGGAUGACUGAUUAGAAAAGCAGAUCAUGUCCAGGCUAGGCAGAACUUUUCGGUAGAUUGCCUGUGGGUGCUGGACUACGUGUGCAUGGAAAUUGAGCAGAGUUCUUGAAUAACGAAGUGGGUGGAACAAUUGUCUGGAGUGCAGCUGGUAUGAGGGCAGAGACUGGCAAAGAGCAUAAUACACAGGGCCUAAGCCCAUAAAAAGCACCUCUGUGCAGGAGGCUGGGGGCCAAUGCAAGCUGCUUCUCCAAACUGCAAAUCUGUCACGCAUCUUCGGGUACAGGACUGCGAGAGGCACGAAUGGCUGACCCACAGAAUUAUUCUGCAGCAUCCUUCCAGUGAAUUGAAUUCUUGAGAGGCUUUUAAAGAGUAAGCUUCUGCACUUGACAUUCUGCAUUAUCAAUAUUGGUGGGGGGGGGAGGAGAGAGAAGAGAUAUGUUAAAUGCAAAGACACAUUUAACAUGUUUGCCCUUCCCCUUUAUAACAGCAGUCACGGGGAGGCCUUAAAAGGAUUAGAAUUGAACUGCACAGCAGGGUGGAGUUGACUGAAACCACAAUUUAAAUUUAAAAAAAUGAAUUUAAAUUGUGAUUUAAAUAAGUAUUACUGAUAUUUAUCCACUCCUGUGCACAGAGAGGGGCUGUUUUUAACUGUUUUCUUCCAUGUUACAGUCCUGAAUGAAUAUAUGCACAGGAGUGGAUAAAAAUCAGUAAUAUAUAUCAUAGAAUACUGGAAUAGGAAGGGGCCUAUAAGGCCAUCAAAUCCAACCCCCUGCUCAAAGCAGGAACCCAAAUUGUGUGUCCGACGAGAUACAAACAACCAUUUCUUUCCAGAAGCAAAUAGCUGGUUAAACAGAAGUGGGAACAGCCAUUUGAUUGAAAUUGCAGGAGUGGGAAAGAUUAAGAGAGAGAGUUGGGUAGGCUAGCUUGGAAAAGUUGAGUUGCUUGCAUUUUAUCUUUAUGCCCAGCCUUGGAGGAGUAUGAGUGGAAGCUACACCAGUUACUUUGAGUUUUUUGGUGGGUGUUUAUUUUGGGGCAGGGGCACCAGAUCAAAGCCAGUUUGUCAGAAUCUUGACCUUGGGACUUGAAGGGCCAAACACAUCUCCCCCCACACCUCUUAUGCCAGGAAUUUUUCCUUCCCCAUAGGAUGCUAAUAAUUUCUUUCUGGUUUUUCAUUGCUAAAACUGGAAUUUACUGUUUUGAGAAAACCAAACAUGAACAGGAAAAGAAAAAGGCUAUUUAACACAUAUUAAAUUGUGGUUUUGCACUCCCCUC